UACAAGCUUUGCCCGACCCGACAGCACUCGCUCCUACUGUCGUAUCUGCCACUGGAAUAUUUACUGGGAGGGCUAGAUCUCACAUUUCCAUUCUGGUUUUGAGCGCGCCAGUCGCAUGGACUACUACUCAUGCCAAAUAAAGGAACUACACAAGGAAAUCCGGCGACGGGGUUACACGCAUUUAGGUACCAACGACCAGCUCAGCGAAAGUUUGAACGAGGACGAUAACGCGAGAGGAACAAACGCGACGACGGUAGUAACGGAACACCAAAGCCAAUUCGUGUCUAAAGAGCUUGAUCAAUCGCGGACGGCCGAGUUCGGGGAGACGGUGUUAGCAGGCUUGCUGGCAAACGAGAAGAUCAUCUAUUGGACGAUGAACACGUUCUUCCCGACACUGCAGCUCUUCUUUGAAUCUGGGCUAUCGUGUACGAUCGACGGGACGCGGCUUCCAGGUGCGACCGUAGGCCUCGAUCCUAGACUGCGCUUCCGACUUACAGACUGCACGCACGAAGAAGACGGGUGCAUAAUAAGAAGCACAUUGCCGGAAAAGUUCGCAAGCUCGGGCACUGGUCUUGUAAUACGAGAAGCGUGUAUCGCACAACGAACCAGCAUCGUAGUAAAGCUGGUGGAAUCAGAGGACAGGACCAUCUCAUCACCGAGUCCACCGUUAGCUACGAUAGCACAAGAAUCCCAUACUGUUGUGGGGUUGCGGUUGGAGGGUAUGAGUAAGAUGGCGUACAUAUGGGCCAAGGCCAAGAGUCCCUCCGGAAGCAAGGGCAAAACAUGGGGUGACGUGAGGAUUGCAGGCCUUAGAAAGGACGUUCCGGCUCCGCUCCUGGGCUAUCCUGAAGGUACCAUGAAACCUGGCAGUCAAGCGACAGUAGUGGUCAAGGAGAGCAUGAUCAGUGGAAGUCCUCUGGGGGAACAUGCCGUGGAUUCCUUGAGGUCUUGA